AUGAAUAAGUUUUCAAUUUCAUUUAAUUCGAUAAUUGCACUUUACAGUGUUCUGUAUGUUGUAAAUUUAGUACUAGAAGUUUUUUUGACAAAACAAAUUUUAGAAGAUUUUUUCAAAUCAAACAACUCCUCUAGUAUCCCCGCUUACCUUAUUUAUGAAGUCUUAUACCCAAAAUUACUUCAACUGUUAGAAGUAUUUUUUCUUACAAAUUUCAUUUUUGCAAAAACUAAAAAUUCAAUUUAUCAGAUAAUAGUUAUUAAGCUUAUAAGAAUAUCAAUAUGGCUUUUUUUAGCUAUCAGAUAUUAUUUUGGAUCCGAAUAUAUAUGUUUUGCAAUAUGCUCUGUAUCUCAAUUUAUAUUAUUAGGGUUUAUAACGGAACACGCCCAUAGUAUAAUUUAUAGAAAAUAUAAUCAUCAGAUAAGCAUGGAUCCGGAUAUUAUAACUUUACAUAUUAUUAAUCAAAUUAUAACCGCACUUUUAAAUGCCAUAAGAAUAUUUUUAACCUUGCGUAUUCUGUUCCAAACACUUUUUAAAGAUGUAAAUCUUAACUUUAUAUAUACAAUGGUAAAAUUUAUAUGUUUACUAGGAUAUGAUGUUUUUACAAGGCGUGAACCAAGAAAUUUUAUGAAAAUUUUAAUAUUAACAGUACUCUUAUUGAUUAUUAAUAUAUUUGGGAUUUUCUAUAUAUCUUAUGUGCUUAUACAAAAAAUAUUUUUUCAAAAAUUAGUUUCUUUUUUAAUAGAAUGGUUAACACUUACUGAUAUGGUAUUAUGUAUGAUUUAUUUAUUUAUUAGUAAAAGAAAAGGACUGUCUAGAAUUUAA